AUGGCUUUCCAUGCUCAGGGCGACAUGGAGGCACAGCAGCCCUACAUGGAUUUCCAGGGCAUUGGCGAGAAGCAGAUGCGUCUAGGCUUCAUCCGGAAGGUCUACGGGAUUGUCGCUUGCCAAGUGGCGGCUACAGCCCUCACCGCAGCUUUUUGCGCCGGGCCUCUUCGCUCGACUGUCGUCAGUUUUGUUGUGCACUGGCCCUCAGCCUUCAAGUGGGGAUCCCUUCUGGCAACUGGCCUGGCAUUGCUCAUCUGCCACGCCGGCAAGAACUCGUACCCAGUGAACUUCUUUGGCCUCGCCUUCCUCACUGCGGUCAUGUCUCUUGAUGUUGGUGUGAUGGCAGCCGUGGCGAGUGCCAUGGGGAUGGGCGCAUUGGUAGCCCAGGCAGCUAUCAUCACCGCUCUCCUUGUAGCGGGCCUAACAAUCUACACCUUCCGUUCCAAGCGCGACUUCUCCUUCCUUGGCGCCGCCCUGUGGCCAUUGACCUUCGGCCUUUUCGCCUUCGGCUUACUCAGCUGCUUCUUUCCGUCCCUGCACACUGGAAUCCUAGGCCUCAUCGUCUCCUUCGCAGGCGCCGCCAUCUUCUGCGCUUAUCUGGUCUAUGAUACCUGGCGUAUUGCCAACGAGCUCCAGGUGGAUGACUACGUGGAAGGUGCCAUCCAGCUGUACAUGGACAUCAUCAACCUCUUCAUGUACAUCCUCGACAUCCUGAUGCAGCUGAACAAGCCUCAGAACAGCGACUAG